AUGCUUUUCAAGUCUUUCCUCUUCGCCUCCGCGGCUUCCGCGACAUGUCUUCACGGACUGUCGAUGUUCAAGCGCGCCGCCGGCAGUGAGAAUGGUACUGUCGAAGUCAACACCUUCGGGUACGGACCUCAAGACGGACCCUUCAGCUGGGCAUCCCUCGCACCCGAGAACGAGGCAUGCAAAGCUGGCACCAAUCAGUCUCCAAUCAACAUUGAUACGGAAGACCUUGCCUCCAACCUGACCAGGCGGAACGUUAUUAUACACAAGCGGGCUUGUGUUAACGAAACAACCUCAGAUGCUACCAUUGGAGCCGCUGCAGACCGCCCUGUCGUAGAUAUCCCGGAGCAGGCUGUAGUAUUUGAGAACUUAGGGACUACCAUCGAAGUGGUCGUCAACGGCACGACAUCCUUUAAUGGAACAGACUUCCGCCUUGUACAAUUUCACAUGCACACACCGUCUGAGCACCACAUCAACGACGAGUACUUCCCGCUCGAAGUACACAUGGUGCACCAAGGUGUCUUGGACAACACACAACUUGCCGUCAUCGCCUUGAUGUUCCAAGUCUCCGCCUCAGACAGCGACCCCAUCAUCGCCGGCCUCUCCUCCAGUCUCUCCGCCAUCGCGACCCCAGGUACCAAGACAUCCAUCGAAGCGGGUCUGGACUUCAGCAGCGUGCUGUCCAAGAUCGAGACCUCGGACAUCCUGCAGUACAGUGGCUCGCUCACCACGCCUCCCUGCGCUGAAGGCGUUACCUUUCUGGUAGUCAAGGACCCGCUGGAUGUUGGGGUCGCGGACUACAAUGCUAUCAAGAGUAUUGUCAAGUUCAACUCCAGGUUCAUCCAGAACACGCUUGGCGGAGAGAACAUGCUGGCGGUUGGCGCGAACAGCGGUGCUGCUGCUGCGAACGCCACGGCGUAG